AUGCAGUUCUCAAUCUUCGCUCUUGCUACUAUCCUUAGCUCCUUGACAUUAGCUUUCCCUUUCCACGGAGAUGUUGAGGCCCGUGACAAUACGAGGGCUAAGGCAGCUUUUUGCCAAUGCUUCAACCCGGACGGUGCUUCUAAUGUAACGGCUACUGUAUCUGUCUGCGCAGAUCUUCACGGACACUAUAAGCUGGUAGACAAGAUCUCUCCAAACUGCUACAAGUUGGGAAUCUCAUCUCUUGAACAAUUUGCCAAUGGUUGUAUUGCUGAGCAAGGAUUUGGGGCUCUGGCAAACGUUCCGCCUCAGCCUACACCUACACCCAAACCAGGCUCUCACUAG